CAAAUCAAAUUUUCAACCAACAAUUAUCAGCUUUGUCCUACGAACUUUCUAGAAUCAUCAUAUUAUAUAUAAACUCCAAGAAUAAUACAUGAACACUUUCAUAAUCUAGGGUUCUUCUUCUUCAAUUCCCGCACUCAUCAUGUCUCACAAUCGCAUCACCACCGAUUCCCCUCUCUCUCGUCGCAUAGUUCGUUCUUUCCUCCAUUUCCUCAACCAUGUUGAACCUAGCCAUGGUGUUGAUGCUGAAGGGAUUGAAGUUGCUAAGGAGUGUUUGGUAGAGGCUUUUAAGAUUAACAGUUCAUCUUCUGGAACUGGUGAUCCUGAUUCAUUGAUUGACAUUUUCAAGUCAUUUGAUUCAAACAAGCACUGUGAUAGAAGUAAGUCAGAUUCUGUGAAAGCUUCAAGUUCUGCACCGAGUGCUGCUGAUGAUGCGUCGAAAUCCAUGGAUGAAGAUUGGAUGCUGGACCCUCACAUUUCCGUGUCUAAAGAUGAACUGUGUGGACAAUUCUUUGCUGUUCUGGAGAAAAAACGGUAUUUCAGGACCAAUAUUGAUGGAGGUGAUGACAUUGUGCGAUUGGAGAAAGCAUCUCGCUCAUUCGAUGAUGGUUUUAUGGAGAUGGAAAGAUCUGGGUGUCGGCAGUUUAAUUUGAAGAAUUUGUCUGAAUCACUAAAAUCACUAGGUAACAAGGCAAUGCAAUCCAAGCGAUACUAUGAUGCAAUUGAGUUGUAUACUUGUGCAAUUGCGAUAUAUGAAAAGAGUGCUAUUUACUACUGCAACAGGGCAGCUGCUUAUACUCAAAUUAACAAAUAUACAUUGGCAAUCCAAGAUUGUCUUAGAUCUAUCGAGAUUGAUCCGAACUACAGCAAGGGAUACAGUCGUCUGGGAUUUGCUUAUUAUUCACAAGGAAACUACAGAGAUGCUAUUGAUAAAGGGUUUAAAAAAGCCUUGCAAUUGGAUCCCAACAACGAGUCUGUUAAAGAAAAUAUGAGGGCAGCUGAGGAUAAAUUGAUGGAAGAGGGACAUCAUGCAGAUCACAAUCAGAAUUCAAGAUCAUCUCAAGAAUUCCAAAACCAUUCUGCAAGGGGAUCAAGAAGCCAUGCAGCUCCGCCUCCAUUUGCCUCAAUGCCAUUUAACCCCAGCAACCUCGCAAGCAUGUUCACGGCGGCCACAAAUGCGUAUCAGAGGUCACAUCCUCAGGAAAGUCAAGAAGAUGGCAAUAGUAGUGAAGCUGACGAACCCGGAAUUCAAUUUGGGGGCCAUGUUGAUUUAAACUCUGUUCAAAUCCCUCAGGAACUAAGUGGUGUCCUUCAAAAUGUGAUGGGGAUAUUUUCAGGGAAUGCACCUCCUGGCCAACCACAUGAUCAAAUGAAUGAUAGAACGCCACCAAACUAAGCUAUUUAAGCAUUCUGAGGCUGUAAAGACUCUCCAAUUACAGAGCUUCGAGUUACUAUCGUUUCACCGAGGCAACCAUACUUUUACAGGUUACAUAUCUUGCGGCUUGGAUGUGUAGUUUACUAAAGCGCAUUAUUGUGACUUAAGUUGGAUGAUUAUUAAUUGCAAUCUGUUUUGUAUAUACUGUGAUGCAAAAUUUCUUGUGGAUCUGACCAAGAUAGAUUUACAAGUUGAAUGAAUAGGGAGGCUGUUAGAGCAUGGAAGGUAUAAUGCUUCUAGUUUUUUGGUAAAUAUUGACCUAGAAUUUGGUAUUAUGUGGGGAACGCACAUUUGAGUGCUUGUCUAAACUUCAUAACAGAUCAUAUUUGACAGUCCAUUUAAGUUAUUUUCUAAACCUGCGAUUAAAUUCUGA